UUGGUGUUCUCGUUUAAUAGGAAGAACUGGCGCUUAUCAUUGAUCUCACGUCUAUGUUUUUAUAUUUUUUGUCUGAGUGAGUAAUCGGAUGACAAAUCAAAUCAUAUCCGAAAAAAAAUCAUUAUCAUGAGUCAUAUUUUCAUUCAUUCUAUGAUUUUUGCAGAUCGCAUGUCGUCUCUAAAUCGAGGUGCUCCGGGCACCAUUAAGCCAAAAGCAGUUAACGUAAAUACAUUUUUCUCUGGACGUAAUCUUGCCCCCGGGCAACGGGCAAAUGGUAAGUGCAUUUGAUAGAAGUUAAUGAGAAAGAGAGAAAAUGUGGUGGUUUUCAGGCCGUUAUGGCAUGCAAUCUGUUGGAAAAACUGCCGGCGUUGUUCGUCGUAUGCCACCGCCUGCCACAUUACCUUCACUAAAAGCGGAGAAUAAUGGACAGGAUCCAACGACUCAGGUUGUACCCCAAGGUUGGUUUUCGUUUUUUGUUCAGCCAUUUGUUUGGAGAAAUUGGGUACCUAAAGUCUGAAUUGUAUCAAUUUAGUGUCUUUAAAAUUCAAAUUAAAGAAAAUAUUUUUCUUCAAGAUUCAUUCACAUAAUUCUUUGAAAAUGUAAUUGGUUCAAAUGUUCCCUUAACAAACAAAAGAAAAAAAAACAAAUUAGCCACUAAUUUAAUUUUUGUCGUCACAAACUUGUCAACAAUUAGUUCAUUGACCACUUUCCCUUCCAUUCUAUUUGUUUUUUUCUUUCAGGGGGAUCCGGAUGGAGCAAAACGGAGAGCAUUGAUAUUCCGAGCGCACCGGCUGCAACAACAGCAGUUGCGCCAAAUUCAGCUCCACCAAUUGUCGCUUCACCACCAACAAAUGAUUUGCGCCCUUCUUGGCUUCAGAAUGAAAAGUCUGGAGCCAGUGAGCCAAAAGAUGUGCCAACAAAUGCAACACCAUCAGCAACACUCCCACCGCCAACAACAAGUUCUGAAAAGGGUGAGAUUUUUAAAUCAAAAUUUGUUUAGCAAUAAAUUAACUUAACGUUUUUUCAGCCAAAGUGGAACCGAUUGUUGAGAAGAAAUCAGCACAAGAUUUCACAGAUCGAGUACCUUCAAGAUUCCUCGAUAAUACUUCGACAUCUACUAAAAAUGUUAAGUCGAAAAAUAAUCGAAUCAGUGAGUUCUUUUUUCAUUCUAUAUUUUCAAAACAAAAAAAACACGAGAAACCUUAAAAUAUCUAUUUCACACACAACACAUGCUUCAAAAAUGUAUAUGUGAAAAAAAUCUUAAAUUCUUCAGUGGGUAGUCAAGAUGUCAGAUGCCAACACCCGGAAUGGGUACACAUCAGGAAGAAUUUUGUUACCUGUAGGGAUUAUAUUUUUCAAUGUUGUUGUUACCCUUUGUUUUAUGUUGUCUAUUGUAGUAUUAAGUUUACCUCUGAAAGGUAAUCUUUUCCAGUAAAAUUCACAAAAUUGAUUAAGGGUAACAACUGGGUUACUGGUUAAAAACAAGAGGACACGUAUAUCUGAAAGUUAAUCAAUUUUCUAGUUUUUAUCUGAAAAAGGUUGCCUUCAUAGUAGUUCUAUUUAUUUUCAAUUGGGAGAAAAUGUCUGUCUGGGUUUCACUUUUUUCUACAAAAAAAAACUUUUGUCUUUUUCAGGUGACGAUGAAGGAUUUGAUUCGCAACAAGACAAAGAUCGGAAUUGUUCGACAGAGGAAAGUGGAUGGUCUUCACAUGGUUCACCUAAUCCAUCGGAAACGGCCACAACAGUUAGUGGAACUCCGAAGGCUGAAGUGAGCAAUCGGACAAAAGUGAAUGGCGAUACAAAUCAUCACCGAGCGAAUGAUAUUCGAAUUUUGAAACGAACUGAACAUUUGUUACUUCAAGAUAUCAGUGAUGAUGAUGAAGGUGAUUACUUUAUUCAAAACAUUGGAAUCCUGUAACAUUUUUAUUUUCAGAAAUUCAAAUGACUCGUUUGGAUAAGCCGAAUGUGAACAUUAUUAAAAGAAGAGCUGGUGCUGAAGGCAAUUCUCAUGCUCCAGUUUUGACAAAUGGAACAAAGAAAAAUUCGCCUGGAAAUAAUUCUUCCAAUAAAUCCAAUAGUUCUUCGUCGGCGGUCAAUGGAAAGAAAAAUUCCAAGAAAAACAAACAAGAACAUUCGCAAAAAAUCGAAAAAUCAGAAUUCGCUAAAACUGACGAUUCUUUGAAUGGAGACGAUUCUCAAACACCAAUACAAAUGGAAAAUGUAUGGGCAAAACGACAAGAAGAACGCGAAUCUCAAGAACGGGAGAAAGAGAAAUCAGCGAUUCCUCGCGUUAUGCAACAAGCUAUUGAGCAACAUUUCCCAUUGGUUACUGAAGCGGCAACAAUUAAAGUUGACAAAGAAUCAACGAGAAAAUCGAUUGAUUCAGAGUUUGCGAGAGCCGCAAUUCGAGCUCGAAAACUUCCGGCAUCAAAUGAUGUCAGAAGGUUGUAUCCAUCAUCUGCACAAUCUAAUUCUACUAAUUCUACUACUAUUAAUUCUAAUAUUCAAGCUGAUCCUAAAAAGAUUGUGAAUUCUGAUGAUGUUUCUGACGAGAAUCUUGAAUUCAAAAAAGGACAGAAAAAUCGUCAAGAUGAAAAUGAGCAGAAUUUGGUUGCUCCGGGAAGAGAUCGUAAAGAUUCUCAUCGCAGCAACUUAUCACAUGUAUGUUUACUUUUUCAGAUUUUUGAUAUGAAAAGUCAACAAAAGUUUUUACAGGAUAGCGGUCGAAACGGACAUACAACUCAAAAACGUGGAGCUCGAGGUGGAAUCCGUAACCGUUUUACUAAUGGUGUGAAAAGUGAUGCGAUUUCUAAAGAAAAAAUCACGAAUGACGAAACUUCUGAAAAGAAAAAGAGCCCGAAAAGCUUGGCAAAGAAGAAAGAAGUAAAACCACAACAAGCUGCACCUUCUGAAGAUAAUAAAUCUGAUGAGAAUCAAAAAACCGCUGGCGGUAAAAAUAAAAAGGAGCAAGCUAAAAACAAGGCAGCUAGACAAGAAAAUCGAUUGUUUAUUCCAAAAGCUCUACGCAAAGAAUCUGACGAUCUUCCAGCAAAUGGAUUAUUGUCUGGAAAAUCUGGAAAAAGUAAAGAUGAAGCCGAAAUCGAUCGAGGUUUUAAUGCUAUCGUCACUGAAAUGAGCAAUUUGGUUGGUGUUGAGAAAGAACCCGAAAAUUGUGGCUCAAUUGAGUUUGCUGAAGAAAUUGAAGUGAGCUCUGCUGACCAAGAAGCUUAUGAUUUCACUUUUGAUCCACAGUUUCAUGUAUGUUUCAAUUUAAAUUUUCAGUAAAUUUGAAAACAACCAGAAAUUUUUUAGGGUAACUCUACUAUUGAAAAAGCAGCAAUUCAACAAGUUAUUUCUGCUGUUUCAUCAGACGAUGCAUCGUUGAAAGAGAAAAUGAUUCGAAUCAAAGAUCUUUGGACUGUUGUCUCCGAUGGUGAACGAACAAAUGUUGCAAUGGUGAAACCGCAGCCACAAGUUGGAGAAGUUGUAGUGUUGGACAAUGUUAAAGAAGGAUUUGUGCAACCAUCUUGUCGAGGAGCAUCAAACAAUCCAACAAUUGGUGCAUCAUCAAAUAUGCCGGUUCCAAAUGGUCCAAUUGGUCCACCAAAUAAUAGUUUGGCUCCAUUCUCUGGACAUUAUUCAGCAUUUCAGCCGCUUUAUCAAAAUAAUGAUGGUCGACUUGCUAACACGGCAAAUUCUCCGCCAAACAAUUAUUUGUCGAAUUACACAACGAAACAAAUGGAUAAUCGUGAGUUUUUCAGUAAGAUUUUUUUGGUUGGAAAACAUUUGGAUUUGACUUAUCAAAAAAUCAGAAUUGGUGUAUGAAACUUAUAAUUUUGAUUAUUUCGUUUUCUAGGAGGUACUGGAUUGGCUCAACCGCAUAAUAUUUGGAAUUCUGGUCAUUUGGAUAUCGCAGCUCUCUCAGGAACGCCUCCACCCUCAAUUUUCUCCAACAGCAAUGGAGCAUAUGGUUAUUUUUCAACCACCAAUCAAAACGGCACCAAUUUCGGUGGACAACAACAUCAAUAUUUUGAUCGUCCCGCUUUACCACCGGCCAAUUUGGCUGUCGGAAGUCAACGAGCAAAUAAUAUGUUCAACGCGUCCAAUGCUCCACCAAAUUCGGCCACCAACAAUCGACACCCAAUGAAUGGAUUGACGACAAAUGGCGGAGGUCAAGCGGCGUUCCCCAAUUUCUUCAACCAACCGCCACCACCUGUGCAGCAGCCUCCACAUUUGAGAAUGGCGCCGAAUGGUGCUACACAACAAGAUAAUUGUAUGAACUAUUAUGCAAACGCUGGACGCAUUCGUGAGUUCUUUUUUGAGAUUUUUUUGGGGGAAAAGGGACUAAAAUUUGUGAAAAUUGAACGAAUAAAAAUAUUUAUGAUGAUCAGGAAAUUUUAGAAUCUGGAAAUUCCUUUCCAGAUUCUGGAAGAGAUUCAAAUAAAAUCAAAAUUAUAUAUUAUAUUUUUCCGUCAAAUUGUUCCACUUGGAUAUAAUAAUAAUCUUUGAACUGUCAUCUUUUGAGUUUGGUUGACUUUCUGUUAUUGAAUUCAAGCAAAUAUUGAUUGAUUCUGGUUUCAUUCUAGAAUUUUGAAAAAGCCAUAUUUUUUCAUUCAAAAGUUUUUUUUCUAUUCUCUCUGACAUUCACGAAUUUCCAACUUUUUUCAGCUCAACGCCCAUUCCAUCCAUCUGAACAACUGGUCUGGCCUGGUGUGAACAAUGCCAAUUUUAUGAAUGGUCCACCUCCACCUCCACCACAAGCUCAAGGUUGGAAUCAACAACCACCAGCGAUAAAUAGCAAAUAUUGGCCAAAUGUGAGUUUUUUUCUGACAUAAAUUCGAAAUUAAUAAUAGAUCAAUAAAAUGUUCUUAUAUAAAUCAAUAUAAUAUUUUUUUCAGCAGAACUUGAAUCGUAUGCGCCGCACAGCUCCACCACAAUCAAAUCGACAAUAA